AUGCAAGAAUUGUUGGACUGCCGAAAUGUCUCUACCACGGCCAUUAAACGCCUUUUACGUUCUCCCAAAUAUCGUGGAGACGGCCCGCAAAUAAUGAAGACCAAACCCAACAAACACCGACGGCAAAAACGUCUAUCGACCAACGACGAGGUCGGCCAAAUUACGUCUCUGAACUCCAAGAGAAUUCUGCACCGACAACCACUGAACUGUUUCUAUACCAACGAUCAGGGUUUUUUCAGUAAGUUUCCAGAAGUUGAACUAGGUUGUCAAACCAGUCGAUGGGAUCUAAUUGCCGUAACCGAAACCUGGUUGACGACUGACAUUUUGGACCUCGACCUGCGAUUACCAGGCAUGGAGCUAUUGAGGCGUGAUCGUCCAACGCGAGAUGAGGGCGUGCUGCUCUACUAUCAUAACAGUUUGCAAUGCGAGCAAGUUGAGUGCCCGUUCGCUGCUUCCGAUACUUUAAGGUGUAAACUGAAGCUAACACAACAUGAUAUCGGGCUGAUCUGUUUAGUUUAUCACCCUCCUUUGUCAGCAGAUUCAUCAAAUGAGACUUUGUUGCAAACAAUGUCUUACUUCCUCUCAUUGAAUUUCACCCACGUUAUUGUUUUGGGUGACUUCAACUGUCCAAAGCUGAGCAACGUGAUUACAUCGUGUACGCCAUUUGAACGACAGUUGAAGCAGUUCAUCCAGUCAUAUCCGUUGUACAAUCAUGUGAAGAAACCNNCGUCAGUAGAUUCAUCAAAUGCGACUUUGUUGCAAACAAUGGCUUACCUCUUGUCAUUGAAUUUCACCCACGCUUUUGUCAUGUGUGACUCCGACUGUCCAAAGUUAUGGAACGUGACUACAUCGUGUACGCCAUUUGAACGACAGUUGAAGCAGUUCAUCCAGUCAUAUCCGUUGUACAAUCAUGUGAAGAAACCUACUAGGUUUGACACCAACCAUAUUUCGUCAACUUUGGAUCUAGUACUGACAAAUGAAGAAUUGAUGGUCAAAUCAAUUGCAAUCGCAACUCCGUUGGGGCACAGUGAUCACGCUGUAUUAUUGUUUGAAUACGUUUGCUAUGCAUCAGUAAUGUCAGCUUCUUCGGAUCGCUUUCGCAGCACAACUGGUUAUGCAGGACUAAACAACCAAGCUUAA